UCUGAUCAGAUCUCAGAAACGAUCCUGACUCAAGAGACUGGAUACCAAAACUGACACCGUUUUAUGCAGACGAUGGCGUGUUUUAUUGUCGCGCUCGGUCAAAUCGUUUUAUUUGGAUUCAUCGCAGCAGCAAAAGGCAAAGCUUGUGACAUAUACGCUUUUGUCGGGGAGAGCGUGACUCUGUCUUUUGAUUAUGAAGGACUGACAAAGUCACAUUUUUUGAGAUGGACUCAUAACUCCACCAUUGUUUUUUCAAGAGCACAAAAUAGUGUGAAACCUGGAAAACCAGAAGACAUCACUCCAACUGGAUCUCUGCUGCUGAAGAGUGUAAAGCUGCAAAGUUCAGGAACUUAUCAAGCAAACGCCAUAUAUUCUAACGGUACCAUGGAUAAAACCUGGACUGCUCAGCUCUGUGUGAUGGAAAAUGUACCAAAACCUCGAGUCAAUUAUAGCUGUGGCACCAACGUCGUUAAGCUUAACUGUGAAGUCUCCAUGUCAGAUGGUGUGUUUUUCUCCUGGACGCGAGAUAAAAAGCUCUUACCAAGUGAAACAAGACAAACUCUCAGCAUAUCACUGAGUGACUUAAAAGAAGACAUCGACUUUUCCUGCUCGGUGGCAAACAAAGUGAGUGCGAAGAGCAGCGACACAGUUCGGCCAACAUGCACAGCCCCAAUGGUUUACUUUAAAACCAAAACUGUUCUGGGAGUCCUGGCAGGAGGAGCAGGUUUGAUUUUUCUUUUGCUCGUCAUUAUUGUGGUCUUAUGCCGCUCACGCAGACGCGCCAAAUCUAGCAUGCAGCUCAGUGACAGAGUGGAGUUCAAGAAGCGAGAGGCGGAGUCCAUCCCAGAGUAUGAGAGCAUACACAAUGUGGAGACUUAUUCAUCCCCAAGUCCACAGCCUUCACCAAGGGCCUGUUACCAGAAUAUCUGACAGAAUGUCUGACAGUAAGUCUCCACAGCUACCGAAGGACAACAAGUGUCUCCAGUUAGUUUAAUUUUGCUACACCAUAAAGUGAAUAUGUAAUUGACUUGGCUGGACAAAAGGUUAAACAAAACUUAAUUUAGUAAUUCACUGAGUGAUGACAUGUUUGGUCAAAAAGAAUACAAAAAAGGUAUUUAAGCAGAAAAUCUUAGCUGUCACCUGAUUUUGACAGACUAUUGUCAAAA